AUGAUUGAAAACGCGGUCCAGCCCUCCUCUGCUGCCGGACAUGCUUUUGUCCUCCUGCCCUGCUCACCUGAUGUUGCAGUAAUACAGAUGGAUCGUAGAAGAGAGACAGAAAUGGAGCUACGGAGAUCCUCCAGCCCAGGCAAGCUAAGCAAGAAUGACGUGGAUACUGACAAGACCAUGUGCCACAGCUGCUGCAUCUGCGGUAAAAGUUUCCCUUUUCAGAGCUCCUUGUCACAGCACAUGAGGAAGCACACGGGUGAGAAGCCCUACAAAUGCCCUUACUGUGAUCACAGAGCUUCCCAAAAGGGCAACCUCAAGAUCCACAUCCGCAGUCACAGAACAGGCACUUUAAGUCAGGGGCAUGAGGCGGAGAUGGGAGAGGCGCAGCUGGGGGAGAUGGGUGUUUCGGAGGGCCUUGGUGGGUGCACCAGCCCCACUAAAAGUACAUCUGCCUGCAACAGGAUCUUGAAUGGUACUGCUCAGGUUGAUAGCAGCAAAAUCUUGUUGAGAAGCAGCAAGAAGGAGGUCAUGGAGGCGGUUCCAGCCGAGGUGGAUGGCAAGCUGACCUCUUUCCAGUGCACCUUCUGCAAAAACAAAUUUGAAAGGAAGAAAGACCUGGAGCAGCACCUGCACCAGGUCCAUAAACCGUUCAAGUGCAGGUUGUGUAGCUACAUGACCCUGAGAGAGGACAUGCUGUUAAGCCAUGUGGAGAAGGACCAUGCUCAGGUCCCAAAUGGGGGGGCCUACACUGAGAACUGCAAGAGUGAGCUGAGCGCGGGCGAGUUUCCGUGUGAAGUCUGCGGUCAGGCUUUUAGUCAAACCUGGUUCCUGAAAGCUCACAUGAAAAAGCACAGGGGGUCAUUUGAUCAUGGGUGCCACAUUUGUGGCAGGAGAUUCAAAGAGCCCUGGUUUCUCAAAAACCAUAUGAAGUCACACGGCCCCAAGACUGGGAGCAAAAACAAACCAAAAAAUGAUUUGGAGCUCAUAGCCACUAUCAAUAACGUGAUACAGGAAGAGACGAUCGUGACAGGCCUAUCUCUGUAUGAAGUUUGCACCAAGUGUGGAAAUCUGUUUACAAAUAUGGAAAGCCUGAAAGCGCAUAAUGCUGUUCACUACCGAGCACAGAGGGGCAGCACUGGGGAUAAAGCUGAGGACUUAAUUGAUGGGAGCCUAAGCUCCUCGGUAACGAAGCAGUUUUUCUUGCAGUGUCUCAAUCUACGGCCAUCUGUAGGGCUGGAUAGAGUUACAAAAGGACAGCCUGGGAAAAGGGUAGCUGAGCUGGAUCCCGUCAGUAGCUACCAAGCUUGGCAGCUGGCCACCAAAGGAAAAGUAGUAGAGCCCUCGGAGUAUGUGAAGUAUGUGGGAUGGGACGAGGCCCUGGCGGAUGCAGACGUGACUUACGACAAGGAUAAGAGAGAGUAUAUCCUUGUCAACCAGGAGAAACGCAAGCGAGACCAGGACUCGCCCAGCUCUUCCAGCAACCCCAAGAAGAAGAGCUGCACCAGCGGGCGCCUGGAGAAAACUGGCAGCGCCCCGUCGGGGGAGAGCUGCCCGCUCGCCCAGGGGGACCUGGACUACCGCCCUGCCUCGCGGCAGAGCCGGCGGGCCACCCAGAACAAGUCUACCGAGUGCUUCGAGUGCGGCAAGGUCUUCCGCACCUACCACCAAAUGGUGCUGCACUCCCGGGUGCACCGCAAGGAGCGCAGGAGCUGCGGUGAGGGGGGCACGGCUGCCCAGCCAGACCGCUAUGGCUCGAGCAGCGAGGAAGGGGACUCGGGGUCCGUCAGUGGGCCCAGCACCCCCGGAUCUGCAUCCGCCCCGGAGGACUCGGUCACCUCUGGCCUCGGGGAGGAAGGGGCCGAGGAGAGCUCGGAGGAGGGAGCAGCCAACCCCUUGCUAG